AUGUCAUCCCCUCACGAGGACGAGGACCAGGAUCUCGAUCAGGAGAUAAACGUCGACGCGGACUCCGACUGUCAGUCCCGGGUGUCCUACAACAGUGGCUCGGAGGACAUCGAUCUGGAUGGCGAUGGAAAUGGAUCCUGCUAUGACGAAUCGGAAGCCACGAGUGACCAUCAAACACACGCCACCGAGCCGACGACGCGAUCGCCGAACGAAAACCUGCCCUUCAGCAUAUCACGAUUACUGGGCAAGUCGUACGAGCGGGAGCAGAAGGACAAGGAGGCCCUCUCGGAGGACAGCACGCCGGAGGCGCUCAUCAAGAACGGACACCACAUCACGGCCGGGUCGCCGGGGAGCCUCCAGUACGCGGCCGGCGCCCUGUACAGCUACCCGAUCUACCCGAGCGGCCACGUCCUCCGAGUGCCUCCCCAGCGGGGACCCUGCAAUCCACUGUCCUGGACCCUGCCGCCCCUGCACCCUGCCGCCCUCGCUCAUCAGGCCGUCAAAGACCGGCUAGCUGCGUUCCCGAUUGCCCGGCGUAUCGGCCACCCGUAUCAGAAUCGAACGCCACCGAAGCGGAAAAAACCACGUACCUCGUUCACUCGGAUCCAGGUGGCAGAGCUGGAGAAGCGGUUCCACAAACAGAAGUACCUAGCGUCGGCGGAACGGGCGGCCCUGGCGAGAGGGUUGAAGAUGACCGAUGCACAGGUUAAAACAUGGUUCCAGAAUAGACGUACAAAAUGGAGGAGACAAACGGCCGAGGAACGGGAAGCAGAAAGGCAAGCCGCGAACCGAUUAAUGCUUUCGCUGCAAGCAGAAGCGCUCAGUAAAGGAUUCGGUCAGCCACCGUCGUCGGCGGCACCGCCGAAUGCCGCGACGCCCGGGGCUCCCCUGGCCGCCCUGCACGGCCUCCAACCGUGGGCCGAAGCCCAUACGGCGGGAUGUUAA